AUGUUACCUAAAAGAUUGAAGACAGAAGAAGCGGAAGACAAUGUGAGCGAGGAGCACACCUUGUCAGGUCCCUCUACUACGCGACCUCGAAACAGCCUUCUCACGCCCGAACCGACCAGAUUGACCGAGUCGCAAGUCGCGCCCUCGGACGAACAGAUCAGUGGUCCUACGCAGACGUUUCCUUUCAUGAAGCUCCCUGCUGAACUCCGCAUUCACGUCUAUCAUGUGGCUCUCCAUCGCGCCGAGCCUAUCCUUCUUCAUGCUGAUCGCGCCCCCGAGCAACACGACGACGAAGACGGCCAUGCUACCACACCCUGCCCCACCGCGCACACCCACACCCCACAUUGCGGCACCGUGAUACGACCGGAGCCUCGAAUGACAUUAGGCCCUGAGCACAUGCCAGGGAAAGAUCCUAUAGUCCCUGAGAUCCUACGGUUGAACAAAUUGAUAUACAGAGAAGCCCGCCAAGUCCUCUACAGCGAUAAUGUCUUCACUCUGUCUCUUGCCUCUGGCAUUUACACUCUCUCUGCCCUCCACCAACGCUCCCGCUCCCUCAUCAAACACGUCGUCCUGACAAUCCCCUCGCACCACGAUAUUCUUGACGGCUUCGCCGACCUAGUACGCUUAGGCUUACGCUACUGCUGGGGGUUGAAGAGCUUCAAGAUUAUAUUGCGGGCAAGCUUACCGGAUGAUGGGGGGAGAGUGUCAGGUGCAACCAGUGUUUAUGCAAAUGCGUUUCAUAUUCUGAGGUGGUUGCCAAGAGGGUGCAAGGUCGUACUGGAGGGGUGUGUGAGUGAUAGUGUUAUGAGGGUUGUGAGGGAGGAGGGGAGGCUAAUGAGUGUGCUUGAUGAGACGAGUUAUUUGAAGAGGCAGCACCAGAUGCCGGAGCGUCAUUAG